ACCUCCGGCGUGACCACCAACCGCCACCGUACACCUCCAGUCACCGCCGCCUGACCACCAACUGCCGGCAUUUGCAAUCACUUCCACCUCAUCUACAAUGACCACCAGUCCACCGCCGUCUACAACCACCUCCAACCACCGAACCACAUCCAACCACCUAACCACCCCCAACUACCUCCAGCCACCGAACCAGAACCACCUCCAGCCACCCACGUAUCUGCAGCCACCGUUGGAUACAAUCACGACCAACCAACCACCAGCCACCACCACCAUCUUCUUCAAACAAAAUCCAACCGCGCAUCAGCAUGUAUGGCUGCCGUCACUGAUGAUAUCCGAUCCCGUCUCGUCACCACCAAUUGAGGCUGCCAACGACCACUCAAUAUGAUGAGAUACAAAGCUCUAUUGGAGAUGCUGCAGAUGUAAGAGUAAACGCCAGCAAUGUAAUUAUUGAUUUGGCAAAAGAAAAAAAAAAGACAAUAUCAUAGAGAUUAUUACCAGCGGCGCAAAGAGAAUGCUAAGAUGAGAAAAUGCAUGGCUGGUGACGUGUCAGGACCCAGUACGGAUAUACUCAAAGAAAUGAAAUACCAAUACCACAGAGAUUAUAAUGCACAGCAAAGAGCAACAAAAAGAACAUAUCAACCACCUGUUACAGUAGUAAAUACAGAUAGUCCAGCUCCCACCGCUCUUUCAGGCUCAACUGGAACCACUCAAAUACAAAGGGUGCCAUUAGCAGAAUUGCCAAUUGGUAGAAUAAAUCCUUCAUCAUAUUAUAGGACUACAAUGAAGCAUAUGAUGCGAAGUUCAAGUCAGCUGCAAACCCAAUCUACCACACAUUUUGGGAACAAAGAAAACAUAUCACCAUCCAACCAACAAGUUCAUCAACGAUUUGCAAACGAAAAUACACCUCCCGGUGUAUACAAGGUAUCUCAUACGAGGAGAAGCUCAAAUACAGUCAUAGCAUCAACAAGUAGAGUUACACCAUCAAAAAAUUAUCACAACAAGACACCCAUACCCUGUGCAUCUCUCACAGGAUCUUCAAAACUUCCUUCUGCCGUGUCACGCCAACGCUUCCAUGGCAUUCAAUGUGGGACUGGAAAUCUUUUGCCUAUAUUUGAAUCUGUUGUCACUCAACCAUCAGAGUUCAUAGCAGGAUCAUCAACAUACAUCGGCCAAUCAUCAACAGGACAUAGUACACAAGUGGAAGUCGAACAGGAUAGUUAUGAUUUCGUUUACAACGGUGUCCCUAAAAACCAUCGAGCGUUGAAAAAACAGCCCCCAUGUCGUUAUUGUGGAGCAACAAGGUUUAAAUUUGAAUUCCCCACAUUUUGUUGCAUGGGAGGAAAGACAAAGUUGGCUGUCACAAAUGUUCCAGCAGAACUCUAUAAUCUCUUUACGGAUCAAUCAGAAUUGGGAAAGAUGUUCAGGCACCACAUAUGUUCAUACAACACAAAUUUUUCGUUCACUUCAAUGGGUGUCAAUUUGGAUAAAAAUAUGGCAAAUAUGACGGCUGGAGUUUAUACUUUUCGUGUUCAUGGAGGAAUAUAUCACCAGGUUGAUCAAUUAGUACCGAGGGACGGAACACCCAGGUAUUUACAGUUGUACUUCUAUGAUCCGGACACCGAAGAAGAUCUGAGGCUUAGAUGGCCAAAUCUUGAUAAGAACAUAGUUCAUAUCGUGACACGUGCUCUUGCUGCAAAUCCAUAUGCAACAACCUUUCGCAGCAUGGCUCAGUUGGGACCUCUUGACAGCUAUAGAAUCACUUUGAACGCAUCGGUGGAACUUGACCAAAGAAUGUACAACCGUCCUACAACAUCAAAGGUUGCUGGGAUAUGGGUUGAAGGAAAUGACAACAUAACGUCAUACAAGAGAAGCAUUGUUUUAUAUGGGAGGUCUCAACAUUUCCAACGGAUUCAACAUUACUUUGGUUGUUAUGAUCCACUUUCAUAUCAUUUGUUUUUCCCCAAUGGUGAGUCUGGAUGGCACAAUAGAAUACCAAGAAAUGGAUUUUCAAUGGAUGAAAUUGUUAAUGAUGAAGAUAACAUUGGAGAUGAUGAAGAUGGAGAAGGUCGAGGUAGGAAGACAGUAUCCAUGAGGGAGUAUUACUGCUACAAGUUCCAGGUCCGCCCUACUGAGAACGUAAUUCUCCUAGGUGGGAGAUUGUUGCAAUAGUAUGCGGUGGACAAUUAUAUAAAGAUUGAGACCUCACGUUUGCAAUUUUAUGAGCAUAACCAGCCAAGAAUAAGAGCCGAUUUGUAUCAAGGUAUAAUGGAUUGUGUGAACGCCGGUGGAGUUCAAUUGAAGAAUAUUGGUAAAAGGGUUGUGCUCCCGGCAUCUUUUAUUGGAGGUCCGCGCGACAUGCGCCGACGUUUUUUAGAUGCCAUGGCAUUGGUACAAGAUGACGGUAAGCCUGAUCUCUUCCUUACAUUUACAUACAAUCCAAGUUGGGAUGAAAUCACUGCCGAACUCUUACCCGGUCAAACUACUCAAGACCGGCCAGGAUUAGUUGCAAGAAUCUUUCGGGCGAAACUAGAGGAUCUGAAGAACCAACUCCUUGAAAAGCAUGUCCUCGGCUAGGUAAAGGCUUAUGUGUACGUCAUUGAGUUUCAGAAGCGUGGGUUACCUCAUGCACAUUUUCUUUUGAUAAUGGAAUCAUCACAUAAGAUUACCACUCCUGACCAAUACGACAGCCUGGUGUGUGCUGAAAUUCCAAACCCGACAAGGUAUCCGAAAUUGCAUGAACUGGUUGUUGCACACAUGAUUCAUGGACCGUGUGGAUGUCUAAAUGAUCAAAGUCCAUGCAUGCAAGGGGAUCCAAAAAAAUGUCGUUUUCAUUAUCCUCGGCAGCUCAACGAACACACUGUUCAAGGAGACGACUCAUAUCCAUUGUAUCGAAGGAGAGCCAAUGGGAUCACCGUGAGGAAGAGGAAACAUGAUAUUGAUAACAGAUGGUUCGUACCCUACAACCCGAAGUUGUCACAUGAAUUUGGAGAUUUGCUCAAGCAUCAAGUCUGUGAAAUAUCUGUUCAAAUAUGUCUACAAAGGUCACGAUAAACAAGCCAUCCAUAUCGACCCUGAUCAGGAAGAAGUGGUGGUUAAUGAGAUUCAACGAUAUCAAGAUGCACGUUAUAUCUCCCCUCCUGAGGCAAUGUGGCGCAUCUUCAAGUUUCCCCUUUCUAAAAUCCACCCGUAUGUUAUGGCGUUGCAACUUCAUCUCCCUGAAAAGCAUCAUGUUCGAUUUAGGGAAAGUGAUUCACCAAGAACUAUUUUAGGUUGGGAGCGGGGCAAAAAGACAAUGUUGACAGUCUUUUUUGACCUCAAUAGAGUGAAUGAAGAUGCAAGACAACAUUUGUACAAAGAUAUUCCGAAACACUUCACGUGGCAUGGAAAUGUUUGGAUGCCUCGAUAAGGUCAGAAAACAAUUGGUCGGGUGGUCUCAGCUAACCCAACAGAAGGCGAACGGUACUACUUACGCUUGCUGUUAAUGCAUGUUAAAGGACCUACCUCCUUUGAUGAUCUUUACACAGCCAACGGUGUAAAACACCAACUGUUUAGAAAAUCAGCAGUUGAGAGAGGAUUGAUCGAGAACGAUGACGGCUUAUUGCAAUGUCUUACCGAGGCUUCUGUCUUUCAACUUCCACAUCCUUUGAGACAACUAUUUGCCACUAUAUUGGUAUAUUGUGACCCAGGUGAUGUUAGAAGGUUAUGGGAUGAACACUACGACUCACUUUCUGAAGACUACAGAAGACAAACCCAAAAUAGUGAACAAGUUCAAAAUAUGGUUCUUAAAGACAUUUUGACAUUUCUUCAAUCUAUGAGUAGGAGUCUACAUGAUUUUGACCUUCCUCAUAUGACCUCAAAUUUUAUUGACUCAGGAGGUUGUCAAGAAUUACAAGAAGAAACUUCCAUAGUUGUUGAAACCGAUCAUCUCCACGCGAAAGAUUCUCUCAAUGCUGAUCAGAGGUUUGCAUACGAUACGAUCAUCAGGCACGUUGAUGAUGAUUGUUCAGGUGUGUUCUUUGUAGAUGGCUCAGGCGGAACAGGGAAAACCUUUUUGUAUAAUGCUCUGCUUGCUGAGGUUCAAUCCCGUGGGCAGAUUGCCGUGGCCACUACUUCGUCUGGGGCAGCGGCUAAUAACAUGCCUGGUGGUCGAAUAGCCCACUCAAGAUUUAAGAUUCCCCUGGAGCUUAAUAAUAAUUCUCUUUGUAACAUCAGUAAACAAAGUGGGACUGCUCAGCCACUUCUUAAGGCCAAACUUAUCAUAUGGGAUGAAGUCUCGAUGGCUAAACGACAAGCGGUUGAGGCAUUGGAUCGAACAAUGCAAGACAUAAUAGGCGUAAGACAACCAUUUGGAGGUAAAAUAAUGGUUUUGGGAGGUGAUUUCAGACAGGUUUUGCCGGUUGUCAAAAAAGGAACCCGAGCACAGAUUGUAGACUCGAGCCUACGUAUGUCACCUUUGUGGUCCGGUAUCAAAAAGAUGCGUCUAACUGUAAAUAUGAGAGCACGAACUGAUCCAUGGUUUUCAGAUUUCCUUUUAAAAGUUGGUGACGGGGAUGAGGAAGUGAUUAAUGGAAACUUUAUUCGCAUACCUGAUGAUAUGACCAUCCCAUACACUAAUGGAGCUAAACCAAAAGAGGAUUUAAUUAGUGCCAUAUUCCCGUCUAUGGAAGUCAAUGGAAAUUCUUCAUAGUACAUAACUUCGAGGGCAAUACUGUCGACUAAAAAUGAUAAUGUCGAUGAGAUAAAUGACGAGUUGAUUAGUAGAUUCUGUGGGGAGGAGCAAAUCUAUUACAGCUUUGAUGAGGCAGAAGACGAUGUUAACAACUAUUAUCCAAUUGAAUUUUUAAACUCACUUAACGUUAGUGGUUUGCCCCCUCAUUGUCUUCGACUCAAAGUUGGAUGCCCGGUCAUACUAUUACGUAACAUCGAUCCAUCGGACGGGCUGUGUAAUGGCACAAGGUUGAUAUGCAAAGGAUUCCAGCGAAAUGUCAUCGAUGCAGAAAUAGCGGUUGGUCAGCAUGCCGGGAAAAGAGUUUUUUUACCCAGAAUCUCUCUUUGUCCAUCUGAAGAUGAUAUGUUCCCCUUCAAGUUGAAGAGAAAGCAAUUUCCAGUUCGUCUUAGCUUUGCAAUGACAAUAAACAAAGCGCAAGGCCAGACCAUUCCAAACGUCGGGGUUUACCUACCGGAAUCUGUGUUCUCGCAUGGACAGCUUUAUGUGGCACUAUCUAGGGGGAUAUCACGUGAAAAGGUGAAAGUGUUGGUUAGGCCUACGCAAGAAUUUCCUCAACUCGGAGUAUACACCUCAAAUGUGGUGUAUAGGGAAGUUUUACAUGAUGCAUAGCUUAUAAAAGGAUUGUUAGUGUUAUCAUCAGUUCUGGAUUUGGUUCAUCAGACGAUUUCUCCUCAUUGUGUUCAGUUUGUAGGGAAUAUGUCGAGUCACUAAUAUUAUCAGCAGAACGGCCUAGCCAUUGUUUCAUUCUUAGUACUUUUUAGAAAGUAGAUUCAAAACAAUGGCGGUGUCUGGAAAUGAAGAUAUGAACAGCUCAGGGAAUGAAGAUUGGGUAUAUUGCAAAACAAAGACUUAAUAAUCAUAUAAUUCCAACAGCUUUUAUUUUAAUAUAAUGGUAUGGUUUAUUUGUUAGUUUUGUAAUAAGUGUCAUACCAGUAUUAUAUCUUUGUGGACAAUCAUCCUCUUCAUAGUAUGCAACAAUUCUGUUACUUUGAUAUUUUAGAAAUACAUUAUUAAUGCUUUUGACUUAA